GCUCGCUCCUGGGAGAGGUGGGAACACCAAACCCAGGGGCUCAGCAACACCAGCGAGACUCGGUUUGCUGUAAAUGGGGAAAAAGGGAAAGAGCUUCAAGUGUUCGAACGCUUAGAGCUGUUCACCAGCACAGGGGUGGGACUGUCCCUUUGGGGACUGUCCCUUUUGGGACUGUCCAUUUGGGGACUGUCCCUUUCCCUGCAGCCCUGAGCCCUUUGUCAGUGUCAGCAUCUGCUGCUGUGUUUGUGCUGCCCCUUGCAGGGGAGGCGAUGGAGCAGGGCCUGCGGGAUUGCUGCAGAUCCAUCCGCAUCGGGAAAAUCCUGAUCCAGAGCGACGAGGAGACCCAGCGAGCCAAGGUGUACUACGCCAAGUUCCCCCCAGACAUCUACAGGAGGAAAGUGCUGCUCAUGUACCCGAUCCUGAGUGACAGAGGAGGGAAUGGAUCAGGCUGUGCCAGGACACACAUUACUCUGCUGCACCAGCGUGAAUGCAGAGCAAAUCGUUUGGGCAUGGCUGCCUUUGGGAGAAAGGCUGAAAUUAAGACUUGAUAUAAAUUUAAUUAUAUGAAUUUUGGCAUGGGAAAAAACUCAGUGCUUUUCUUAUUUUAUUAUGAGACAUUUAUAGAUUAUUAUAAUAAGGAGUUUGUUGGGAUGAGGUUAUUUGUCCACUCCAAUUUCUGC